UCGGUCCGGGUUAAACUUCGUUACUCAUCCUAGUAUUGCCGGUAUUUUGCGACGUGAUUCUUGUAGAACGACGUCGUUUUGUUUUCUCGAUAACAGUACGUUGCAAGCAUUUAGAAAAUGGCAAACAUCCUGAAGUUUUCAAAACUCUCCGAUAAAGCUUUCUCGCCUAUGAAAGGAUCCGUCGCUUCCGCGGGCUUUGAUUUGAGAAGUGCCUAUGAUUAUACCAUACCGGCACGUGGCAAGGAGCUCAUCAAGACGGACCUGCAGAUUGAGGUUCCCCAAGGUACGUAUGGCCGAGUCGCCCCACGAUCUGGACUGGCUUUGAAAUAUUUUAUCGACGUUGGUGCUGGUGUUAUCGAUGCUGACUAUCGCGAGGAAAACGUGUGGAAACUCUGCCAGGAUAUAGCGACGAGGCAUGGGGCGGAAUUGCAACAUUGUCAUGUCGCUUUUAUAAGCAAUUCCGGGCGCAGCGUUCCUCUGUGGCGCCAGCGAGCGGGUAAAGGGGAGGAUAAACUGGUCGUUUGGGACUAUCACGUGAUCCUGAUAUAUGCACCGGACGAGAGGGCUGUGGUUUAUGACUUGGACAGCGCAUUGCCGUUCCCGACGCACUUUUGGAAAUAUGCCACCGAGACUUUCCGAUCGGAUGACGCACUUCGUCCCGAGUAUCACAGGAGGUUUCGAUUGGUCCCAGCCAGUGCGUAUUUGCAGCAAUUUGCUUCCAACAGGAAACACAUGAAACGCGAGGACGGCACGUGGAUCAAAACGCCGCCAGACUAUCCACCAAUUUCGACACCAACGUGCAAAGACAAUCUGGACACGUUUAUCAAUAUGGACUCUGGGACCGGAUUGGGAAUUGUGAUGAGCUUGAAGCAACUAGUCAACAGAUUUUACAGACCAAACACGAAUCCUACAGCUCCUGCGCCACCUCAGCCGCAAGCCACGCCGACAUAAACGGAAUUUUCAAUUGGUUCUCGCCGAGUAUUCUUGCCUCAACCCCAUUUUCGAAGUCCACUUUACACGGCCUAAAGAAGAUGCAUGCUCUUGGGAUAAUCGGAUAGCUGCUUCGAAGGGGACAAAAAAGGGAUAGGGAAAUUACCGGGACAAAAUUCCGAAGUGCAAGAUGCAUUCCCUGGCGAAGAGACCCUAAUUGCGGAGCCUUAUGGUUGCGGUCUUUUCCCGAAUUCCAGCGAAUACCGCUAAAAGCUGUAUCCUUAGCAUAAGGCGACCGGAUUUCGCCCUCUGUUUUGUAUGUCUCUUUUACUAUCUUUCUGUCCGCUUUUUGUGGAACACGCUGCACGAGCGUGCCGACUUUUAUAUGUAUACCGUCGCAUCUGUAUGCACUGGCACAUGGUACAGAGUGACAGCGAGAGUAUGCAGGGCAUGUAAGAGUAUUCGAUAUUUCCUUUUUUCUUUUUUUUUUUUUGUCAACGAUAACCCUUUCAACGCUGUGGACCCAUACGUGCGUCCGACGUUUGGUCCAAUAUUGCUUGCACGCUCUGAUGAAAUUCGCCCAUACGUCAAAAGCGCUCAAACGGUUCCAUUAUUUAUAUUAUAUUACAUUUCAUUGCAACCUGUCAAAAAAUGUAGUGGCAAGGACUCAGUGCAUAACUCAUUCAAGACCAAGGCACGCAACUGGAAAUUUAGAUGUUGCGAACCUUUAUAAGAGUCUUAAAAUUAUUUCUUCAUGAUAUGACAUAUUUAUUUCAACUUGGUUUUUUCUUUGUAAAUAAACAAACCGUACAUGCCCUGAAUGCGCACGCUCAUCUUGAACUGCCUCUCUUUCUUCCUUUCUAUCUCACUCUUUGUGCGCGUUGUUUCGUCAAUGGCAUUUACACUUGUUAUGUCGAAGACUGAUGUAUUUAUUGAGAGUUAUUCCAGGAUAUCUUUGAGAAGAGGGGCUACGUGAUUUCCGCAAUUUAGAGAUUUCGGGGUAAUGAUGUGGUUAAAAGUCAUUUCUCGCGGUUAAGGUGAUAUAAAGAGAGCCUAUAUACAGGCGUUAAAUUGACGUAAAGUGGACUGAGUUAUUCCAGGAUAUCUUUGAGAAGAGGGGCUACGUGAUUUCCGCAAUUUAGAGAUUUCGGGGUAAUGAUGUGGUUAAAAGUCAUUUCUCGCGGUUAAGGUGAUAUAAAGAGAGCCUAUAUACAGGCGUUAAAUUGACGUAAAGUGGACGUUCGAAUGUCCGCGGGGUGAACAUCGAAGAAACGUUGAAUAAACGUCAACCUUGACAGCCAAUAGACGUCAAAUUUACGUAAACUUUGUAAUAACGACGGUCCAUUGGCGAAAUUGCCACGGACAUCAACCUUAUGUCAAGUUGACGUAAACUUUAAGAUCUAGAAAACGUCACAGAAACGUUAAAUAUUACGAAGGGAAUGAAAACCUGACGUCGAAAUCGCGCGGAUUUCGAUACAUCCAGUGUUUCAUCCUUGACGUUCGGUUGACGUUCAUUUGACGUCAAUUAAACGUAAUAUCAGACCUUGUCGACGUUAAAUUGACGUAAAGUAGACGUUCGAAGGUCCGCGGGGUGAACAUCGAAGAAACGUCGAAUAGACGUCAACCUU